UUCCCCCUUUCUUUCCUUUCCUCCGCCAUCGUCGAGGUGUGAACGUGGCUCUUCGCCAUGUCUUCCCAUAAGACUUUCAGGAUCAAGUGGUUCCUGGCCAAGAAACAAAAGCAGAAUCGGCCUAUUCCUCAAUGGAUUUGGAUGAAAACUGGUAACAAGAUCAGGUACAACUCCAAGAGGAGGCACUGGAGAAGGACCAAGCUGGGCCUGUAAGGAGAGUCACAAGAGAGGCAUGCGCAUUUGCUGUGAUAGGCUGCUAGUAUCUUGAA